CUCUGCUCGCGUACAACCUAAUAGGCUGCCUAUUACUGGAAAAACGACAUUGCCAACGAUCGCAAAAUGAUGACUGCAACUCCUUUCUGAAAUUCCAGUUUUAUCCCUUGAAAAGCAGCUACUUACCCCUCAAAACCCCAGCCAGACACCGCAGCCGGAGGAAUAUCAUGGCUUGUUCCAUAGCUGAUUUUACUCAGUUACUCUCCUCGACCCCAGAGAUUUUCUUAAAACCGGCAACUUCCUUACAUACAGCAUGGGCGACAGCGACAAAGCGCUAUCUCGACCCACUUGCAUCAGACAUCACCAAGGCUCAGAAAAAACGCCUCCAAGACAAAUGGAACCGAAAAAGAGUUGACAAACAUCGACAUUUUCGUUCCCAAGCGCUACAUCUGCAGGAAGUUCAUACCGAUGGUUUUACGCCGCGACAAAUCUGGGAGCAAGCGAAUAGAGUGCUUAAUGCCUCUGUACAAGAUACCGCGCACGAACUUGCGUUAUUGAGAGAACCGGAGGCGGAAAUCGUCUCUUCCCAAUCCAGCCCUCAUAAAAAGUCCCGUGGAACCCAAGAUGAGGAGCAUGGAUUUGAGGUUACUACCGAAACGGAUCAAAUCUCGGACAAUUCCCCUAGCGACGAUCCAGUCAGUAUCCAGAAUGGUGAAAUCGCAGAUGAAGACAGUAAUGGAGAGGGGGACGAACGCGUAACGGAAGAUAACAAGGAUGGUGAGGAUGGUGAGGAUGAUGAUGAUCAUGAUUCUAUGUCCAUCGAUGGCGUCCAACCGUCUUCACGGCGCAAGAAAGACAAGAAAUCAAUAAGCGCGAGCGAUAUCAAAUUUGUUCAGGACCCUCAUAAGCUCAAUGACGGAUUCUUUUCAAUAGACGAAUUCAAUGCUCAAACAGCUUUAUUCGAACAGAAGGACGCAAAGGGGAUGCAGGAUGGCGACGACGAUGACGAUGACGAAGGAGCGAUUGAUUGGGGAGCCGAUCCUCUUGGUCUUGGUGCGAUUAAUGGGGAUAAAGAAGAUGAUGAAUCUGCAGACCAGGACUACCCUAAAGAAGACGACGGUUCGGAUUCCGAAGGUAUGGACGAGGACGGCGAUUUUGACGAAAGUGAGAUGGGUUUGAUGGGUGGUAAUGCGAAUGACAUAAAAUACGCUGAUUUUUUUGAUCCUCCUCCUUCCAAAGCUCCAAAAGGUCGACAAAAUGGUGUUUUGUCUAAACACAAAUCGCCCACUCCCGAUGAAGACAUCGAAGCUAGGAUCCGUCGUGCUAUUUCUGAUGUACAACGCGAUCUUUUUGACGAUGAUAUGUCCGACGAUGAGGAAAUGGACGGCUCCGCGCGACAAACAGGGACAGCUCAGUCUACCCAUGAGAAACGACAAGCCAAGCUCACGGAUGAAAUUCGACGAUUGGAAGCCGCGAAUGUUUCCAAAAAGGAAUGGAUGCUUUCUGGAGAAGCGAAGGCGCCAGACCGCCCCGUAAAUUCGUUGAUCGAAGAAGAUCUUGAGUUUGAACGUGUUGGGAAGCCUGUACCUGUGAUCUCAACUGAAGUAUCGGAUGACAUUGAAGCGCUUAUCAAACGGCGUAUUUUGGCCAAGGAAUUUGAUGAAGUCCCACGUCGCCAACCGUAUAUUCCAGGCAGCGAAGCCCAGCGUAAACGUGAUCAAUUUACACUCGACGAGACAAAACCACAGCAGAGUCUAGCAGAGCUAUACGAGGAGGAUCAUCUUCGCAAAACGGAUUCUGCAUUCGUGGACCAGAAGAGCGAGAAGUUGAAAGGUGAUCACGAAGAGAUUGCUCGACUGUGGAGUAACAUCAGCUCUCAAUUAGAUACGCUUUCAAGCUGGCACCAUAAGCCUAAGCCGCCGCAGGCAAGCAUCAAUGUUGUCACCGAUGUCGCUACCAUUGCGAUGGAGGAUGCGAGACCAACGGGUGGAGCGGGAAUGGACUCGUCAGGCAUGCUUGCGCCGCAGGAAAUGUACGCUCCUGGCGAUGAGGGCAAGGUGCGGGGUGAAGUGGUUCUCAAGAGCGGGGUGACAGUGUCCAAGGAGGAGAUGACGCGAGAAGCGAAAUUGCGAAGACGGAGACGCGAGAAGCAAAAAUUGAAGAAGAAUUCUUCUCAGCCUCUACGUACUGGAAAGCAAGCUGAGAAACAAAGGAUUGUUUCCGACUUGAAGAAGGGUGGUGUUAAGGUGAUUGGAAACCAAGGCGAUCUUAAGGAUGUAUACGGCAAUAAGGUGUCUUCUAAUGAAAAUAGAGGGCAACUUGUCUUGAAGCUAUAAUAUUUGGACGGCAUCUUGAAGUGUAGACAAAAUACAUAAUAUGAUAAUGUUCAUCUCUAAGCUACCAUAAUAUUGCAUCCACUCCAUUACUUGAUGUAUCAUUGCAUUAUCUCCUCCUUGCGCUUCCCCGGUUCUUCAGAUUUCACCUCCCUUUUCCUGAUGAUGUAUAGAAAAAUGCUUUCUUUCGAAUAACGGUCACGAUCCGGAUCAUCCUUUACUUCAACCACAUUGAAUAACUUUUUUGCCUGUUUCAUGAAUCUGAGAUCUGCACGACGCCGCUUUUUGAAACAAAAGUAGCAUAAUGAAUGCGAACUGCUAAGCAGAUUCUGAAGAGUUGAUAAUAAUAGCGGAAAUGCAGGUUCGAAGUAGACACAAUCCGCAGCAAUAAUUACAGCAGGGUCCGAUGGGACCCCCUCUGGGAGCGCGCUGCCCCAGUCGAGUACGGCCGGGUGAACGAUGUCAGACAGACCGUUUAACUGGACAUUACUUUGCAUUAGUGACAGCAUCGGGAUCUGGUCGGUGAUGUAAAUUGGCGAGUCAACUGCGCAUCCUCGUGCUACCGCAAGUCCAACGAGCCCGCCUCCAGCACCAAGUUCGACACUAAAUGUAAAAACAACAUCACGUAAGUCAUGGUUCUUAAGUAAAGCUAUUGUCC